UUCUGGAUCUUUGGCUGUCAUCAGUCACCCCCAUUUUCCCAUUCCUCUCAUCUGCUCAAACCGACAAGUUAAUUGUGUGAGGAGCAAUGGCGGACUGGGGCCCAGUGUUGAUAGCAGUGGUGCUGUUUGUGCUGUUAACUCCGGGCCUAUUAUUCCAGCUUCCCGGCCGUGGAAAAGUGGUUGAAUUCGGAAAUAUGCAAACUAGCGGCGCCUCCAUUUUGGUCCAUACCAUUAUUUAUUUUGGCGUCAUCACUAUCUUCCUCCUCGCCAUUGGCGUCCAUGUCUAUGCUGGCUAAAUGAUUUUACCUUCACUUUUUGUAAGUUGUAACAAACUCUCUUCAGAUUGUAUCAUUACAUUUCUGAUUGCUACCAAUUGGUGAAAUGUGGGACUUUCCCCUCCUUAAUUAGUCUAAUACUCCGUAUAAUUCAAAGCAAUAUGCACUACUUUUCUUAGGUUCAUCAUUGUACACGAUCGUUAGAAUCUGCAAAUAUUUCAUCGCUCUUUGGAAUAA